GAGGACUGAUGUGGGGAGUUCUUAGUGGAGUUCUUUCAGCCGACAGAGGGAACGAAGAUGGACACGUUAAAUAAACUGAAACAGUUUGAUGCAUAUCCGAAAACGCUUGAGGAUUUCCGAAUUAAAACAUGCAGCGGAGCUACGGUUACAAUCAUAAGUGGUCUCAUCAUGUUGAUUCUGUUCUUCUCCGAGUUGCAGUAUUAUCUUACGAAGGAGGUCCAUCCUGAACUGUUUGUAGACACAUCACGAGGAGACAAACUAAAAAUCAAUAUUGAUGUGACAUUUCCUAACAUGCCAUGUGCUUAUCUUAGCAUUGAUGCCAUGGAUGUUGCUGGGGAGCAGCAGUUGGAUGUGGAACACAACCUGUUCAAGCAAAGACUUGACAAGGAUGGGAAUCCUGUCACAACAGAAGCAGAGAAGCACGAUCUGGGACAAGAAGAAGGUGAAAUAUUUGACCCCAGUAAGCUAGAUCCUGAGAGAUGUGAAAGCUGCUACGGAGCAGAGACGGAGGAUUUGAAGUGCUGUAACACCUGUGAUGAUGUUCGUGAGGCCUACCGCCGGCGGGGCUGGGCUUUCAAGAACCCUGACACCAUCGAGCAGUGCAAAAGAGAGGGCUUCAGCCAAAAGAUGCAAGAGCAGAAAUAUGAGGGCUGCCAGAUCUAUGGCUUUCUGGAGGUCAACAAGGUGGCAGGAAAUUUUCACUUUGCCCCUGGAAAAAGUUUCCAACAGUCGCAUGUUCAUGUGCACGCUGUGGAAAUUCAUGAUCUUCAGAGUUUCGGACUAGACAAUAUCAACAUGACUCACUUGAUCAAGCAUCUGUCCUUUGGAAGAGAUUACCCUGGUAUCGUUAAUCCUUUGGAUGGAACUGAUGUUGCAGCACCACAAGCAUCCAUGAUGUAUCAGUACUUUGUGAAGAUUGUCCCAACCAUUUAUGUGAAAUGGGAUGGAGAAGUGGUCAAAACAAACCAGUUCUCUGUUACGCGACAUGAGAAGGUAGCCAAUGGACUGAUUGGAGACCAGGGCCUGCCUGGUGUGUUUGUUUUAUAUGAACUCUCCCCUAUGAUGGUCAAAUUUACAGAGAAGCAAAGAUCAUUUACACAUUUUCUCACAGGAGUGUGUGCCAUCGUAGGAGGUGUGUUUACAGUGGCUGGACUUAUUGACUCAUUGAUAUAUCACUCGGCAAAAGCCAUCCAAAAGAAGAUUGAACUGGGCAAGGCAUCUUAGUGAAGUGUAUGGCACAACAGCCAUUCAGACAGUUCAUCAGUCUCCGGAAGGGCCUAUCUGGAAAGGGGAAGUGACUUCAAACUGACUCACGCUUCCCAAUGUGGCAAACACUAAGAUUCUAAAAAACUCCCCCAUUAUGGAAAGGAACGUUGGCUGCUGUCUCACUUUUUAUAUAUAUAUAUAUCCCCAUCCAAGCGAUUAAUGAAAACUGGGCAUCACUGGCCAGCAGAGGGACUUUAGAAUAUGUUUUGAUCGCAUUUGAUUUAGACCCAGUCGUAACAUCUCCCUGGUAUUUUCAUCAGAUUUCAUAUAUGUGCAGUGGUUUCCAGUGCCUAUGUAUCCUUAAUUGUAUCCCAAACCUUAAUUUCUCCAAUUCUUCAAUACUGGACCCUUCCUAUAGAUUGGUAUUAGUUUCCCAUCACAAAUAAUUUUAUAUGAAAUGAGACCCAGGCAGUAUGAAUGUGUUUUCUAACUUCUUUCAAGGGUGUGUUAGAGCAAACAAUAGCAAAAAUAUGCUAAUAUGCUAACUCCCAAUUUCAUUCUGUUUUAAUAUGUUUGGUUUUCAGUGAAUACAUCCAUUAAUAAAAACUCUGCCCAUUGUUGAGAGGACUGCUUAA